AUGUUUUCAUGUGCAGCAACUACAUAUACACAAUAUGAAUCUGAAUAUAAUCCUGUCUCAAUUAAAAGUGAUCCUAUUCUUGUUACGCAAGCUAAAUUGGAUCAUAUUGUAGCUAUGUUGGAGCUAUCACAACGGAAAUCGGAAAUGUGGGCGUCAUUCCUAAAUGAAAAUAAUUUGCUAGCAAGUAAUACUAAAGCCUACCGAAACCGAAAUAAAGAAAUGCAACAAUUUUUCACUGUGAAUGAAGAAAAAACGUUCGCGUAUUGUGAAGGCGUCGGGAAGCUGAUGAAGGCUAUGGAUAUUAUUUACGAAAAAGAUGAUUGGCGCCUGUUUAUAGACAGUUCUAAAAAUAGUUUGAAAGCCGUGCUGUUGCAUAAAUUAAACGAAAAACCUCCAAUCCCAAUCGCCUACAGUACGGACACAAAAGAAACGUAUGAUAAAAUGAAGUACAUUUUGGAACUGGUCCAGUAUAAGCAACAUCCAUGA